GCAUGCGCACCAACCCCGCCAUUUGGCCCCCGCAGGCGAGAGCGUCUCCUACAAAAGCAGACUGCUAGAUCGUUCGAUUUCUCUGUUCUUGCAGCUGCCGGAGAGAUGAAGCAGAAGAGCGAGGGCAGCAAGCUGGGGCGGUGGCUGGGCGCACCGGUGCGGGCGCUGUCGCGUGCGUGCGACUCGUACGUGCGGAGGAUGUCGGCCUGCGCGGGGCGGAUGCCGACGCAUGCGGGCGUCGUCGGCGGCCGCGGCGGGUUCGCGCCGGGGCCCAUGCAGGCCGCGGCCACGUUUAGCUCCCGCUCGCGCUGCGGCGGGCCCGGCGGCGGCGGCGGCGACGAGGACGUGAACGAGCUCGUGCGCGCCAUGUCUCAGCGCCAGGCUCCACCAGGCAGCCGUGGCGAGGACGUGGCCGUCGUCGUCCCGGUAAGGAGCCGGAGCGUGGCGGUGGCCAGGAUCGACGAGGACGCGCCGUGCGAGUUCGGCGCCGACGACGACGUGCGCGUCGGCGGUCCCGCGCGGCCGGCCGUGCGCAGGGCACGCAGCGUCGCCGUGCGCAGCGCCGGCCUCGCCGCGCCCGCCGGAGGGUUCGGCGCCGCGAUGAGCGUCGUGCACGGCUGAUGGAUCGAUCGGUUCAUCCAUCCAUCGGCCCAGCAUGCACCCUACGGUAACAUCUUAGACUCGGAGAUGACCUGAGUAUGACCAGCCAGCAGCUUAAUCGAAGGUAGCCUGAGACAUGCGUAAUUAACUGAGGGCCUUGUGAGUCCACGGGAACCAGGACGAGGUAGUUGCCUGAACAUCUAGUCAGUGUGUGCAUAUGUGUGUGUGGAACAAAAUGUAAUCAAUGAAACUGUACUUUAU